AUGGAUUAUGGUGGUAGUCUUGCACCUACAAUCAUUUUAGUUGUUGAUGAUGGUGAUGGUGAUGUGAUAAUGGUAAUUCAAUCCUAUUUCGAAAUAAAAUGCUUAAAUGCAAUCUAUGAUAAUCAACUAUCUAAAUAG